AUGGAAGGCCCAGAGUUUGCGGUGAUGCCCAUGUCCGAUUUCCCAGAUCCGAAGUCCCCCACUUCGGUGUCAUGUGGUGCACCUGAAGGCUCAGACGAGGGUGAGGCAGAGGCUGUCGCCGGGAAUAUGGUUGAAACGCUGGCCCAGAUUGCAGGCAGCCUGGAGUUUACAGACAAGGAGCUUCUUCGUGCUGUUCCCGCCGGCCGAGCCCUCCUCGGCUUUGGCCGUAUGUUUCGAAUAAGCAACAUCAGUCCUUCUCUGCUUUACAGCACAAGUGGUCGUGUCGAGCGGAUUGAAGAGUUCUGGUCGCACAGCUGGAGAGCUCCGGUGUUUUGGAAGGUUUGGUUCUUUCUCAUGCUGAAGAACGGGAAGGCCGCAUGCAUCGUGGGUUCCAUUGCUGCCUUUUUCAUGGCGUGGCUGACGUACAUUGACGCUCUGCCGGGCUGGUACAUGUUGCCCCUCAACACCCGACCGGGAUUCGAGAUCGAGCACAGACAUAGCCCCUGGUGCCUUAUUACCGGAUUGGCAUUUGCUUUCCUUACCUUGGUCUUCUGGCAGUCCUCCCACCCAGUGUUUCUGGAUCGCGCUUGCAUUCAUCAGGGUGAUCCUCGGCUGAAAACAGAAGGCAUCUUGAACAUCGCCGCAUUCCUCAAGGCAUCCAAGUCUCUCGUGGUCGCCUUUGAUGAGACCUACUUGUCGAGGACUUGGUGUGUGUUCGAAAUUGCAGCCUUCCUCAAAAGUCAUGAGGGUGAAAGUCCACCGCCUGUGGUCAUCAAACAAAUCGCGGUCGCACCGACCACUUUCUACUUGAUUAUCAUGGUGGCGCUGGUUCUGUUGUACACGUCAUGUCUACCCGCGGCGGGUUAUCUCAUCUACUUGCAGCUGGCGUUCAUGGUGGCCUUCGCGGUGACAAAUCAAUUCAUGUUUUUGCGAAUGCGGCGAAGUACUCUCCGAGCAGAGGAAGAUCUCAAAAACUUCCGGUGGGAAAACUGCACAUGCCACUGUUGCUCCGAAGGGCACGAAGUGGAUGGCGUGGCAAUUCCGUGUGACAAGGCAGUCUUGGCAGACUGCAUUGCCGGGUGGUUUGGCUCAGUCGAAGCGUUCGAGAACUGCGUCAAACGCGACGUUCGUACAACAUUCAUGCGAGAACUACGCCGGCAGCCUGUCGGGUAUCAAUGGUUACUGGCAGCAUCGACUUUUAUUCUCUGGGGUGAGGCAGACUUGGCCUUAGUGCGGGCAAGCUCCGGAGAUUACCACUACGCCGCAUUUCUGGCGGCGUAUGGCUUAGCUUGGUGGACUUGCGUUGUCCCCGCGCAAUUUGCCAUUUUUACAGCUGUUGCCGGAUGGCAAGACGGCGGGAGGCUUCCCAUUUUGCGGGGCAUGAUUGGCAUUUCUGCAAAUGUGCUCAACGUACUCCUUCCCCACAUUUACCAAUACGUGUGCUGGAGGCUGCUCCUUCCUAACUAUGUGUUGGCAUUCAUUGUGAUUUUGUUCGGCAUUGUUUUUGCGGCUCUGGCAGCGGUCUGGCUGCUUCAGAAGCCCUGCCACAGGAAGAAGCAGACUGUAGAAAAACAUGCGGCCUGA